AUGCAACCCGACGACAACACCAGCAACCCUCCCCGCAACCCCCACAGCCCCGAGGACAGCAACAGCGCCCACAAGCCCGCCCCGCCGCCCGGCGUCGUCGCCGGCGCGCUGGCCAUCUGCGCGGCCUUUGUCGUCUUCGGCUUCGGGUGCUACUUCGCCUUCCGCUGGCUCUGUCGGACCCGCGCCCGCGAGGCGGCGGGUAAGAAGAAGAAGAAAGCCCUCCCGCCCGGGGCGGAGACGCCGGUACCCCUGACGACGUGGGGAUAUAUACAUAGCCGCGCGCCCCGCGGACGUGGUAAUGAUGGCGAUGAUGAAGGUGGAAGGGGGAGUAGGAGGCGUGAGGAGUCUGUGUAA